AUGCUUAGGUACGUAGGAUCACAGCGUAUACCCUCGAGGGGUACAGCUGGUGACGGUGUGCACAGCCGAGCAAUUCGUUCCGUGUCUUGGAGUCCUGAUGGUUCUCUUCUUGCUGCUGCUUCCUUUGAUUCUACUGCAUCUAUAUGGACAGUACAGCAGCAGCAGCAGCAGCAGCAGCAGCGGAAGCAGCAGCAGCAGCAGCAGCAGGAAGGAGGGAGUGAUAGUGCUGCAGUUGCAACAAGAGAUCCACCGAUACAAAUUCGAUUGCUGCAAACCCUCAUUGGACAUGAGCAUGAGGUGAAGGGAGUAGCAUGGAAUAGUUCAGGAAAUCUGUUGGCGACUUGCAGCCGCGACAAAACAAUUUGGAUAUUCAGCAAAAUAGAGGAGGAGGAGGAGGAGGAGGAGGAGGAGGGAGAAGAAGAAGAGGGUAUACUGCAGCAGCAGCAGCAGCAGCAGCAGCAGCAGCAGCAGCAGCAGCAACAGCAAGAACAAGAUGAGGAAGAGGGAGACUUCGUUGUUGCCUCUGUCUUAACAGGUCAUUCACAAGAUGUAAAGGCGGUUUGCUGGCACCCAAAGAAGGAUUUGUUAGCGUCUGCCUCUUAUGACGAUACAAUUGCUAUAUGGGGACAAGGAGUUGAUGACUGGGUUAUGUUGAAGACUUUACGAGGUCAUACCGCAACAGUUUGGUCGAUUGAUUUCUUUGGUGAUGGCAAUCGUCUUAUUUCUUCAUCAGCAGAUAUGACUCUUAGAUUAUGGACAUGUUUACCCCCCAACGUAAUUGCCACAGGGCGUAUGCUCAGUGUUUCUCAAUGGUGUGUAGCACCAUUCCUGCGUCCGUUAUCUGCUGCUGCUGCUGCUGCUGCUGCAAAGGCAGCAGGAGAAGAAGCACCAGCAGCAGCAGCAGCAGCAUCAGCAACAUCAACAGCACCAUCAGCAGCAGCAGCAGCAGCAGCAGAGGAAGAGGAAGAAGCUGAGGAUACACUGCAACAGCAGCAGCAGCAAGCAGAUGCAUGGAUGUGUAUGGCAUCUAUACAAGGAGAACAUAAAGGAGUUGUUUAUUGCGUGUCUGUACACCCUACAAAGAAUUUAUUAGCUACUGCCUGCGGAGAUGGGCAUAUCCGUAUUUAUUUAUUAACAGACACAGGAGCGACUCUCCUGCACUGUCAGGAGAAAGCGCACAGUUCGGACGUCAACACUGUUGCGUGGUGCCCUGAAGAGGGAGAAGUUCUGCAUUUGGCCUCUGUGGGAGACGACGGGUUUCUUUCUGUGUGGUGUCUAGACACCCCAGUUGAAGCCUAA